GGCUGCCAUGGCGGCGGCAGGCCGGCUUCCGAGCGCCUGGGUGCGGAUAGAGCUGCUCCUUGGAGGGCUCGCGCUGCUAGGAGUCGGGCCGGCGCCGGCGCGGGCGCUGCACAACGUCACUGCCGAGCUCUUUGGGGCCGAGGCCUGGGGCACACUGGCGGCCUUUGGGGACCUCAACUCUGACAAGCAGACGGACCUCUUCGUGCUCCGGGAAAGGAAUGAUUUAAUCGUCUUUUUGGCAGAUCAGAGUGCACCCUAUUUUAAACCCAAAGUAAAGAUAUCCUUGACGAAUCUCAGUGCAUUGAUAACAAGUGUAGUCCCUGGAGAUUACGAUGGAGAUUCACAAAUGGAUGUUCUGCUCACAUAUUUUCCCCAAAAUCAUGCCAACAAUGAAUUAGGAGCUGUUAUCUUCUGGGGACAAAAUCAAACAUUAGAUACUAAAAAUAUGACUAUACUCAAUAGGACUUUUCAUGACCAACCACUAAUUAUGGACUUCAAUGGUGAUCUAAUUCCUGAUGUAUUUGGUAUCACUAAUGAAUCCAGCCAACCACAGAUACUUCUAGGAGGAAAUUUAUCAUGGCAUCCUGCAUUGACCAGUGAAAGUAAAAUGAGACUUCCACAUUCUCAUGCAUUUAUUGAUCUGACUGAAGAUUUUACAGCAGAUUUAUUCCUCACAACAUUGUCUGCCUAUAAUACAUUCCAGUUUGAGAUAUGGGAAAAUUUGGGUGGAAACUUCUCUCUCAGUAGUGUAUUUGAAAAACCUAAAAAUUUGGUGGUGGUUGGACAGUCAGCAUUUGCAGACUUUGAUGGAGAUGGACACAUGGAUCACUUACUGCCAGGCUGUGAAGACAAAAACUGCCAGAAAAGCGUCAUAUACCUAAUGCGAUCCCGAACAAUGCAGUGGGUUCCCAUCCUGCAAGAUUUCAGCAACAAGGGAACCCUCUGGGGCUUUGUACCAUUAGUGCAUGAAGAACAACUGACUGGCAUACCAAUUCCGAUCACACUUCAUAUCGGAGACUACAAUAUGGAUGGCUAUCCAGACGCGCUUGCCAUACUAAAGAAUACCUCUGGAAGCAAUCAGCAGGCUUUCUUACUGGAGAAUGUCCCUUGCAAUAAUGCAAGCUGUGAGGAGGUGCAUCGGAUGUUUAGAGUCUACUGGGAGCUUCCGGAUCUCAAUCUAAUCAAUGAUGCCAUAGUAGCCACCUUUUUUGACAUUUAUGAAGAUGGAAUCUUGGACAUUAUAGUACUGAGUAAAGGAUAUGCUAAGAAUGACCUUGCCAUUCAUACACUGAAAAAUAACUUUGAAGCAGAUGCUUAUUUUGUUAAAGUCAUUGUUCUUAGUGGUCUGUGUUCUAAUGACUGUCCUCGUAAGAUAACACCCUUUGGAGUGAAUCAGCCAGGACCUUAUAUCAUGUAUACAACUGUAGAUGCAAAUGGAUAUCUGAAAAAUGGCUCAGCUGGACAACUCAGCCAGUCUGCACACUUAGCUCUCCAGCUACCAUACAAUGUACUUGGUUUAGGUCGAAGUGCCAAUUUUCUUGACCAUCUUUUUGUUGGUAUUCCCCGUCCAUCUGGAGAGAAAUCUAUAAGAAAACAAGAGUGGACUGCAAUCAUUCCAAAUUCCCAGCUAAUUGUCAUUCCAUACCCUCACAAUGUCCCUCGAAGCUGGAGUGCCAAACUAUAUCUCACACCAAGUAACAUUGUUCUACUGACUGCUAUAGCUCUCAUCGGUGUCUGUGUUUUCAUCUUGGCAAUAAUUGGCAUUUUACAUUGGCAGGAAAAGAAAGCAGAUGACAGAGAAAAGCGACAAGAAGCACAUCGGUUUCAUUUUGACGCUAUGUGACUUGCUUUAAAUAUUAUAUAACAGAAUAACCAUUUGUCUGAUUCACUGGAAUACUUAAUUUCAGCUUACAUUAAAAAAAUAGAGGAUUCGGGUAUUAUUUAUAAAUGUGCAUCCCUUGAUAAUUACUAGAAAAUAUUAAAGUAUAGUCUGAAUGCCUCACAGGAGCUUUUUGAAGCACUCUGCAUACAAUACUUUGGGUUCUACAUCAAGUAGUACUGUACAUCUUUGUUCCUUGGUGGAAAGUGCUGCAUGUGCUCUGGUGCCUCUGUAUUUAUAGUCUUCUUAGAGUAAUGACAGUGGAAAAUGACAUGUGCAAAUAAACAUAUUUAAGUGAGAAAGGAUUGUUCUACCCGAAUUAGUCUUGCUUCUUAUUCAAAUAGUGCAAACUAUACUUUGGCCAACAUACAACAAAUAAAAUUAUUAAACUUUCAUCUUAAUCACAGAUCAGAACUCUCAUGAAUGGCAUACAACAUAAAUGGCUUUGGAGUUACAGAAAAACAGACUUGCCAUAAACUCCUGGCUCUACAAUUUGCAAAGAGGUUUGAAUUUGGCUGUUGCUUCACAUCUCUGUGAUCUUGUUCUGUUUAUAUGAUGGGGUUAAAAUACCUCCUCAUGUAAGUUAUUAUGAAUAGCAAACAGGAUGAUACAUGUGAAGUGCUCAGCUUAAUGCCUAAGCAUACAGUAAGUGUCCAGUAAGGAGUAGCUAUUAUUGCUAUUUUAAGUUAUUUCAUUAGACUUCUACCACUAAUAUUAAAAUAUACAGAAUUAUAUAGACAUGAGGAAAUCAUAUUAUUGGAAAACUAAAAUUCUUGGUGGCUCGCAUCUUAUGUAAAGAUUGCUACUUCAUUUAACCACAAAUUAUAGUACUUUUUAAGAGGAAAAUGUGUCCUGAAAACUAAUCUUUAUGUGAUAAGACAGUUAAUGUCUUGAAUGGAAGCUGCGCUAAGCAGAAUCUGGGAAUCUUGCAUCACACUCGUAUUUUCAAACGCUUGGAAAAGCUUCUAAUUUCUGUUCAGACCUCAGUAUAAAUUUUCUAUUGUGAACUUCACAUUGCCAAACUGUUAUUGAAAUCUAGAAUUGAAAAAAAGGGUUUAUAUACCAAGGCUUUUAAUUUUGUAAUUAUUGAAACAUGUUAUGGCUCUAAGAUACAAAAAAUUUCUCUGAAAACAUUUUUGUUCAUACUAUUUUCUUCUUGACAGCUCACUGAGGAGUAUGUGUUUAGUUUACUUUGUAUCUAAGCAUGUUGAUGUUAUCUUAAUAAAUAUUCCUUCCUGAAUGAAA